AUGUUCUCUGAUUGUGAGCUCCGUAAUCUUGGGUUCAAAGGCCCUCAAUAUACAUGGCAUAAGGGCAGACAUAAGUCUACACAAAUUUUCGAAAGGCUUGAUCGCUUUACUGCUAACACUCCAUGGUGUCAACUCUUUACUUAUGAUGAGCUUGGUGAAAAGGCCUGCUCUGAUAUUGUGUUAAAUCAAUGGUCUGGUUAUAACCCUCAGAUUCUGGAGGAUCCUCUACAUAUAAAAUCUGAUGUUCUUCAAAAUACGGCUGAUGAAGUGCAAACUUGGAUGGAUAGGAAGGAACUAAUGUGGAAACAAAGAUCUAGAGCUACUUGGCUUGAGGGAGGUGACCAGAACACCCGUUUUUUCCAUGCUAAAGCUUCUCAGAGGAGAAAGACAAACAUGAUUACGAAGCUGUUGGAUGACCAAGGCUGUUGGCAGGAGGGGGAUGCAUGCAAUAGCUUAAUCAUCAACUAUUAUUCUGACCUGUUCUCUUCCAAUGGCUUGUACAACCAGAACGUUGUAGUGGAUAAAAUGGAGAGGAAGGCUUUGAAGGAAAUGCACCCUGCUAAAGCGCCGGGACCUGAUGGUAUGCCCCCUCUCUUCUUCCAAAAGUUCUGGCCUCAUAUUGGUUCUUCUAUCUCAAACGCUGUCCUACAUGCUUUAAAUACUUGCGAGUUUCCCCAAGAGCUGAAUCACACUUUCAUGACACUCAUUCCUAAAACUGAAAAUCCCCAGAAAGUCAAGGACUUCAGGCCUAUCAGUGUGUCUUUUAUUAAAGGACGGCUGAUAACGGACAAUGUUCUGGUGGCCUAUGAAAUGCUCCAUUACUUACGAAGAAGGCUAAAAGGUAAGAAGGGAUUCAUGUCUCUUAAGCUGGACAUGAGUAAGGCCCCUACUGGUCACAUCGUCCCAUCCCGGGGUUUAAGGCAAGGAGAUCCUAUCUCUCCUUAUCUGUUUCUUUUAUGCACUGAAGGACUAAUUAGCCUAAUGAAUGAAGCGGAGAGUACCAGUAGGUUGACAAGUAUUCAAGUGUGUCAAAGAGCCCCAAGAGUGAAUCAUCUUCUCUUUGCGGAUGAUAGUUUAAUUUUCUAUGAAGCCAAGGAAGAAACCAUGUCCCGUCUAUAA